AUGCUUUGCAUUGACCUCUUGCAGAGAAUAAUCUUCUUUUCUCUUACUGGACUUGGGAUUUGGGGGAACACUUUUCUAUUUGUGAGAUAUGUAUAUACUUUUGUAAUGAGUCCUGAGAAAAAACCCAUAGAUUUUAUCAUCAUUCACCUGGUUUUUUCAAAUGCAAUCAUUAUUUGUAGCACAGGGAUUAGAGAUAUAGCCCCAGUUUUCCGUUUCAGAAACUUCCUAGGUAGUGCUGGCUGUAAAACUGUGGUUUACCUGGGGAGGGUGGCCCGGGGCCUGUCCAUCUGCAGCACCUGUCUCCUCAGCGUGGUCCAGGCCAUGACCAUCAGUCCCAGCACCACCCUGUGGGGAAAGCUCAAGCCAUGGACUGCAUGGCAAGUUCUUCCCUAUCUUCUCCUCUGCUGGGUCAUUAAUCUUCCCAUAAGCUCCAACUUGCUGUUCUAUGUCACAGCACUUGGUGGGGUGAACAGAUCUACAAGCCGAGCAUAUGGUGGGCACUGUUUUUUGCUGGCAUCCAGACACACAGUCCGGUGGCUUUUCCUCUGUCUCAUGGCUCUGCGGGAUGUCCUCUUCCAGGGUGUCAUGGGCUGGAGCAGCGGGCACAUGGCUUUCCGCCUGUAUGAGCAUCACAAGCGUGUGCUUUAUCUGCACAGCUCCAGGUUGGUGGUGAGUUCCAGUCCAGAAAUCAGAGCUACUGUAAAUAUUCUUGUCCUCAUGACCUGUUUCCUUUUCUUUUUUUGGACAGAUUUCAUGUUCUCCUUCUACCUAGGGUUCAUGGUGGCCCAUGGAGUUGCACUCCUCUAUGUUAAAUUCUUUCUAGAACUUGGUUAUGCGGUCCUCAGUCCCUUUGUGCUGAGGAGCAGGGAUGGGUGUGGGGCGAAGGCCCAGAAUGCUCACUGA